CUGAGGAACGCGGAAGACUUAACGGUGGCCAUGGAUGAUCCCGAUGGACAGGCCUGGAGAGCGUUUCUCGGAGCUUGCUCUGUUCACUUUGAUGUUCGGCACGGGGUUUCUGCUGCAAAACAUGCGCUUGUGGUAGGACCUGAAGCUGGCUCUGCUUACAUUCUUCUUUCAAACACUCUGGCCUUGGAAAACACAUUAAAAACAAGCUAUAGAAAAGUUGUAUACUAAUUUUAAGUGAAUCCAUCACAGUUUAGGUUUGUAAUCAUGGAUUUGGGACAUGCUCGACUAUGGCGAGAGCUCGAGGAUAUCGAGAGGGAGCCGCUGGAAGGAAUUCGUAUCCACAUCCAUGAUGGUAGUAACUUACAGCAUAUGUGUUUGAUUUUAUCGCCCAUUAGUGGUCCAUUUGCGGGUCACAGGUUUCACUUGGAUGUCCGUAUUCCGAAAUCCUAUCCCGAUCAUCCUCCAAGGGUGACCAUGCAAUCCAUGAUCUGCCACCCUAAUAUCACCAGUGGCAAUGUUCGUUGUGAUGGUUUCGAUUCGGAGUACACUCCCGCUUAUAGGCUCAAGUACUUGUUCCUCCAGCUCUUGUGCUUGGUCUCGAGUGAUUUUAUCGCAAAGCGGGAAUCGGAACCCUAUGACAUGGUGGAGUAUGCUGCAAAAGAUUUGAGCUGGAUGAACUGCAAGUACUAUUGUGGGAUUUGUGGGUUUUUCGGUCAGGAUCUCCCGGCUUUGAAUCCGAUAGAUACGACUACAAAGGUGGCGGAGGAGAAAGUUGAUGGUAUUUCAAGUGACCAGGCAGGAGAAUCUGCGCAUUCUUUGCUUGAAAAGCUGGAUGAUGAUACUAUGAGAGGGGUUUUGAGCAAAGUUAACGACCAGGCCAUUAUACAGUUGACGGUUGCAUACGGGAGUAUGAAAGAGUUUAUGGAAUCCAACAAUGUGUUGCUCGAGAGGAAUCUCUUCUGUUCCUACACACGCAAGUCUUUUGAGGAGGACGGGACCGUUCUGGGCCUCCGGAUGGAUUUCGAGAAAAAUAUUGUCACGGAGUUUGAUCCCAUCUCCUACGAGGCCUACUUCCAGAAGAACACCGGGAACUUUCUCCCACUGGCCCUGAGCGAGGCUCAUUUCAAGCGAGGAAAGGGGAUCCUCGAUUACAGCCUCAAGCACUUGAGUGGACGCAACGAUUGGAGCCCCGAAACCGUGCUCGAGAGCAUCCCAGUCGUGAUGGACGCCAUGGCCGGUUCCUUCAUAUCACUCAAGAUCCCAUCGUCCCAGAAGUUCCUUAAUGUGUUUUUCCUCUUCUACCAUCUCUUAUGGAAGCUAACCAAGGAAGAUCCGGCCCUGGCUCUCGAAAUCCGCUCCAAGAUCGACCAAUUUACGAAAGAUAUCAAGUCCCGAGCAAGAGAUUCGAAUCCAAACCUGGGAGCCUUCCUCAUGUAUGCGCUGGUGGAUCCGGAGGUGGAUUGUAGCAAGCUCGGUGGCCUCGUCCUCAAGGAGAUCCUCACGAGGAGUGCGCUCACAUAUCUAAAGAAACAUCCACACCUCGCGUAUGUGGAGCCAGGCGACUAUAACUCAGAGAUACGACUCCAGCAAACGUUUCAGGUGUGCUCCGCCACCCUCAAAGCCCUGGUCUUCCAGGUCAACUUUGUUCAUCUGGCCAAGACCGUUGACCCCGUGGAGCUGGAUCGAAGGUAUGGUUUCCCGGCAGAGGAUGUGAGCACCAAGCUCCUCAAGCUCGCGAGAGACGCUGCGGCAUUGGAGAGCUGGAGUGAUUUCCUCGCGCAGCUGAAAAUCCAGGCCACCACCCGCAAUAUUCUCGAUCUCUUGAAGGCUACCAUGAAGGCGAGCGAGAAGAAUGGAUACCAUCGAGUUCCAUACUCGCAGAACGAACUCUAUUUGCUACGGAGUAAAGUGGAGCCGUCUUGUCCGGAGCCGGAGGCGUUCACGAGGCCUCGCAAGGUCUCUCGCAAGAAAUACAGCUUCAAGCCGCUCAAACAAAAGAAGUAG